UAGAGCCAAAAUAUAUAUAAAUAAAUUAGACGUACAAAAAUUGGACUCUCACUUUCGAUCCUUGCUUUAUCGAUCUCAUUUCUUUCUCUAUGGUAGUCGAUCCUUCAUUCACAUCAAAAAGGAGAAGAGUCACCAACAAUCGUUAUUCUAUGGAAACAAUAGCAAAGAUGCAUGAACAAUUUGGACGAGAGAUUCGUGUUUUUGAAACAUUAUCACUUUCUUCAUCACUAAAUGCUGCAACUAACAAAGAAGAGGAGACUGAUGAGUUCUACGAGUUUACUGCUGAAGAUUAUUACAAAAUUUUGGCUACUAAAAAGCCAGAUAAAUUCUUGAAGACUCGAAAACUCCGAGAAGCUGAGGAGGCAGCUCGCAGGUCAAGAAUAACCAAAUCUGUGAUUAGAGUUCGCUUUCCUGAUAAUCACACGUUGGAAGCUACCUUUCACCCAUCAGAAACCAUCCAGAGUUUAAUCGAUGUCCUUAAUAAAGUGAUUGCGCAACCAGAGAAGCCGUUUUGUUUAUAUACUACUCCUCCCAAGAAGCUGAUCAAAGACUUCUCUCAAGACUUCUAUACCGCUGGAUUCUGUCCUGGUGCCAUUGUGUACUUUUCAUACGAUGUUUCAAAAGGUGAUAACAACCAUGAUGGCCCUUACCUACUAGAAGAGGUCAUGUCCUUGAAGGGUUUGGAUGUUGCUAAUGAUAAAGGUCAGCCGUCCGAUCCUGUACAAUCGGCACAGGUGCCUGCUGAGCCUGCCACGCAAUCUCCUGCUGUUGAAGAACGAAAACCAGCCGAGAAAAAGCUUGUUAAGCCAAAGUGGCUGAAAAUGUGAUAUCAUAGUGACCGGGUUGAUGCAGGGAAUUUCCCUUGUUCUAAGCAUGUAUGUAUGUACAAGUGGUUCAUUUUGGUGAUUUUACUUGUGACUAAUUUUAACUUUCAUCGUGUUGGCAAUUGUCAUAUGGAUCUUAAUUUAGUGAAUGUAUCAUUAAAGAUUGCUCCAGAGUUUAGUUAUUUUUCUCUUCCAAAA